ACUUGCUUUUCAUUUGGACCCCGCAUCGUCGGCAAGUGUGACGUCUCAACCAGAGUCCAACGAAGUCGCACGAAAUGGAGUAUACCGGAGUCUAUCUACCCACAUCCACGAUUUCCGAUGUAUUGCUCAACAGGAACGUAUAUGCUAUGCGGGCCUGAUGUAGCAGAACGACUCAUGAACGCAUCUCAAAAAAGUUGGUUUCCUCAUUCAGCCAACUACAGGAAGCUUCCUGAAGACGCACUGUUCACAGGGAUUUUCGCCGAGAAAGCUGGUAUACGGCGGAAGCACGUUGGUGGAAUGUCCUUUAUUGACGCGCCAGAAUACAUUUGCCGCGAGGGCAAACACACUUACAGUAUUCAUAUGAGUCGGGCCAAGGACCCACAACGAUAUUAUAGGCGCCUGACUUCAAUGGAGGGCCACCCAUGUCGCAUCUGA